GGCGCCUGUGGUGCAGUCGUGAUGAGAGGAAACAGGUCGUUUCCAGCGCAUUUAAAAGAUGGACAUGAAUGUUUCACUGUGGAUUAUCGGUUUUAUGAGAUUGGGACGGUAACGCGGAAACACAGGAGCCGGAAGUGAAACAGAAGGAGACAGAACCAUGCAGGUGUCAGUGAGAAGACUGGCUCUGUGUCCACUGGCUGUAGCCCGCUGUGUCCGAAUCAGGACUCGUCUCCUGAGUCCAGCACCCCACCUCUCGUCCCCCAGCAGCCGCACUCUGUUCAGUGAGACAGGAGUGUGGGAGAAGGACUAUCGGACAGAGACCCGGCGCAGGGUGGAAGAAUGGUGGCACCCACGUAUUAUGGCCCAGUGGCAGAAGGACUCACUCGAGGAGGUUUCCACCAAGAAGAAGUUCUACGUCCUCUCCAUGUUCCCGUACCCAUCGGGACGACUGCACAUGGGCCACGUGCGCGUGUAUACCAUCAGCGACACCAUCGGCCACUUCCAGAGAAUGAGAGGCCAUCAGGUAAUGAAUCCGAUGGGCUGGGAUGCGUUUGGACUUCCAGCUGAGAAUGCUGCCAUCGAGAGAGGUCUUGACCCAGAAGAGUGGACUAAAAGUAACAUCCAGUCCAUGCGGGAGCAGCUGGACAGCCUUGGCCUUUGCUUCAGCUGGGACCGGGAAGUGAGCACGUGUCUCCCAGAGUACUACAGGUGGACGCAGUAUCUGUUUGUUAAACUCUUCGAGGCAGGACUGGCGUAUCAGAAAGAGGCCGUGGUAAACUGGGACCCUGUGGAUCAGACAGUGCUGGCUGAUGAGCAGGUGGAUGAAAACGGUCUCUCUUGGAGGUCUGGCGCGCUGGUGGAGCAGAAGCUGCUCACGCAAUGGUUCAUCAAGACCACAAACUACGCCAAGCCUCUCCUGGACGCCCUGGCAGACCUUCCAGAGUGGUACGGUGUCAAAGCCAUGCAGGCAAACUGGAUUGGAGACUGCACCGGCUGCUACUUCGAUUUCCAACUCAAGGUGGACGGGGAGGAGACGGGGGUGACCCUGUCAGCCUACAGCUCCUCCCCGGAGACGGUGUUCGGGGCGGCCUACCUGGCCAUUCUGCCCUCCCACAGGCUUUUACACGGCAGCAGCUCGGUGCGCUCCGCACUGGAAAAAGGCUUUCAGCCGGGCAGAGACACCCUGACAGCGGUCACCGCGCGCAACCUGUUCACCGGCCAAGAGGUUCCCCUGAUCAUCUCGCACAAAGAGGCGUUUGAUGGCUAUUUAGACACUGUGAUUGGUGUCCCAGACUGUAGCGAGGAGGAUCUCUCUGUGGCCACAGCGCUGAACCUUCAGUGGACGACGGUGCUGCAAAGUGACCAAGACGGGAAUCAAACGUUGAUUAACUCUGAUGAGUUCUCUGGCCUCAGCAGAGCGGAAGCCUUUGACUCCAUUACCCAGAAGGCCAUAGAGCAGAAGGUCGGCGGCCACCUCACCAGCUCCAAGCUCAGGGACUGGCUGAUAUCAAGGCAGCGUUACUGGGGCACACCUAUCCCCGUGGUGCAUUGUGGGACUUGCGGUCCAGUUGCGGUCCCUGAGGAGGAGUUACCAGUGACUUUACCGAAGCUACCGUCGCUCACAGGAAAGGGGGCGUCGCCUCUGGAGGCUGCACAUGACUGGGUCAACUGUAAAUGUCCAAGAUGUAAGGGCCAGGCGAGGAGGGAGACCGACACCAUGGACACGUUUGUGGACUCGGCCUGGUACUACUUCAGAUACACAGACCCUCAUAACACAGACAGGCCAUUUGACCGUCACCUUGCAGAUCACUGGCUGCCUGUGGACGUGUACAUCGGAGGGAAGGAGCACGCUGUCAUGCACCUGUACUACGCUCGCUUCCUCUGUCACUUCUGCCAGGACCAGAGUCUUGUGGCCCACAGGGAGCCUUUCCGGAAGCUGCUGGUCCAGGGUCUGAUUAAGGGCCAGACUUUCAAACAUGCGGACAGUGGCCAGUACCUUAAGAGAGAGGAAAUUGACUUCACAGACACGGAGCCUGUGGCGUUGGGUGGUGGUUGUGUUGAGGUGACGUGGGAGAAGAUGAGCAAGUCUAAAAACAACGGUCUGGACCCUCAAGAGGUGGUGCAGCAGUACGGCGUGGACACGGUUCGACUCUACAUUCUGUACGCUGCGCCGCCUGAGCAGGACAUCCUCUGGAAUGUCAAGACGGACGCCCUUCCCGGGGUCCUGAGAUGGCAGUCCCGACUGUGGCAGCUGGUAACCAAGCUGAGAGUGGCCCGGCAGCUCGAAGGUGUCCCCAACCCCUCCCUGCUGAAGAAGAAGGAGCUGGAUGAGGCCAAGAAGAUCUGGGAGAACAAGAACUACGCUAUCCAAGAGGUGACGUCUCACUUCACUGAGGACUUCCUUUUCAACGCAGCCAUUUCACGUCUGAUGGGAUUGACCAACACACUGAGUAGUGCGACAGUCAGGGUGGUGCAGCACAGCGUGGAGUUUGAGGAGGGGCUGGCCUCGCUGGUGAGGAUGACAGCACCCAUGGCCCCUCACCUGGCAUCUGAACUCUGGGCAGGUCUUUGCCAGGUGGAAAACCCCCUCAGCCGCCUCCUGCAGCGGGGAGGAGACGCCCUGCAACAGUCCUGGCCCACUGUGGACCCUGACUACCUGAAGGUCCCCGACUUUGUAGAGCUGUCUGUUCGGAUAAACAACAAGGUGUGCGGGACUGUGACGGUGCCGCUGCAGGUGUCCAAAGACACAGAGCGGGUGAAGCAGCUGAUCCUGGAGAGCCAACUCGGACGGGAGCUUCUUGCCGAGCGCAGCAUCAAGAGAGUCAUCCUCUCCCCUAGGACCGCCCUCGUCAACUUCCUCGUCGAUGAGUGAUGUUCAGCACUGGUUUUGUAACUGGGACUAAGAUGUAGAUUCCUGUCGAUCAGUGAUUCUGCACGAGGAGACAGACAGAAGAGGUGGACUGAAUGAAGACUGUCAGAAAGGAUGGAAGUCAGCUUAUAUUAAAGCAACACUGUGUAACGUUUUCUCUGCAACAGCGCCCUCUGCAGCCACGUUGAUCAUAUUCUGUUGGGCUCUGUGUUCAAGUGAUUAAGUGGUAUUCAUUUGGAGAAAAACCAUAACUGUGUAGUCCCCAUUACUGAACUGAAACAGAACUUAAUGGUGGAUAUUACCCAUGAUCCCCAGCUUCCUGAAUAAUAAGAGCUGCCGCUGUAACAGAGUCACCAAACUCUGUUUACAAUUGCUCAUAUUUUAAGUUUCCUUGCUGGAUGUCUGAAAAUUUUGUUUUUUAUUGAUCUAAAAUUAAGUAUUGCUCUUGAACUUGCUGAAACUGAUACUGGCAAUUUAAGCUGCGCCUAUCAGACUGUUCCACACUUCUCACAGGAGAUCGUAUCUGCUCACCAAAGUUACAUGGAGCAAGAACAUAAGUUCAGGUAGAGGAGUGAGAGUUCCUUUAACGAAGCUGCUAUUUUACAGUAAAAAUGUCCUCUAGUGUUGCUUUAAUUGUCAAAACUGCUUUGUAAAUAUGUCUAAAUUUAUAUUUUCUUGUUUUUAAUAAAAGACUCAAGCAACA